AUCCAAACAGGAAAACCGGAAGAUCUAGAACGGUGAAUAUAUAAAGCAAGCAGUGUUUAUACACGCUGCUAAGUUGAAAAGACAAGAGCAAGAAUGACUACGAGAUUGUUCUGUUUUUUUUUCUUGUGUGCUCAUUUGCUAACCAAAUCAAAGCUAUUUGGAGUUCUUUUCCUCGUCGAUUUGACAUACAGAUCCGGCCGAAAAACAGCUGACUGGUCAAGCGUCAAGUCAAGAAGCUUUUAUUGUCAUUUCAACCAAAUGAGACAACGUUCCUCCAGAAACUUGAUGCUACGUCACAAAAGGUCGCGCUACGUCACACAGCGUCGCGCUACGUCACACAAGUCACACAGCUAACGACUAAAGAAGCGUGCUUAACCGGAGUCGCUGAGUGAUGACGUCAAUGCACAUGACCACAUUUUCUGUUUAUACCGGACUCCGGAAAUAAUUUCACAAAUAUCAGAGUAAAGUAGAAGAAGGGGUAUGGAGCAAUCGGUUUAGUGUUUUGUGGAAAAGUGUGCAUUCUCUGACCUAAGGCAGUAACAAACAGAUAGAACAUGCAGCCCCUGACAGAUGCCGAGCUCGGGGCUUUCACCUUUUUCGCAUCCCCGCUUCCUCAUGAUGUUUGUGGCAGUAACGGUCUCCCCCUGACCCCCAACUCUAUCAAGAUCCUGGGCCGCUUCCAGAUCCUUAAAACCAUCACGCACCCAAGGCUGUGUCAGUACAUCGACAUUUCACGAGGAAAACAUGAAAGACUCGUUGUUGUCGCUGAGCACUACGAACGCAGCCUCAAGGACCUUCUCAAACCAGUCAAACCCAUCAGUUCGGAGAAGGUCCUGCAGGUUGCUUAUGAGGUGUUGGAGGGACUGGCAUUUAUUAACAGACACGGCCUGGUUCAUCGAGCCCUCAGCCCUCAUAAUGUGCUCCUGGACUGUAAGGGAAAAGUAAAACUGGCCAACUUUGGUCUUUAUUACAUGACGGAUCAAGGAGCAGAUGUGGACUUCCCUAUUGGGUAUCCAUCUUACCUCGCUCCCGAAGUUAUCGCCCAGGGCGUGUUCCAAUCCACUGAUCCCUCACUCAGCGAGGUCCCUCUGCCCUCAGGCCCCAAGUCAGACGUGUGGUCUCUUGGGGUGCUUCUGUUUGAGCUCUGUGCUGGCAGGCGGAUUUUACAGAACAUUGAAAUUAGCCAGAGAUUAAAGUUCAUCAUUACUUUAGGAUGCAUGGAUGACAUCGUGACUGUGCUGGCUGAAGAGCACGGCUGCCUGGAUGCCAUUAAGGAGCUUCCUGACAACGUGCUGCUGUUAUUGAGGAAAUGCCUGACUUUUCUGCCUUCAAAACGGGUGACUCCAGCUCAGCUCUUGGAAGACACUGUCUUUGAGAGCAUUUCCUGCCUCUACACUCUGUACAAGAGCCCAGUGAGCCUGUUCUCCUCUUCACUGCGCUGUGCUCACCUCCAGCUUCCUGACGACAUCAAUGAACUCUGCAAAGUGGAUGGAGAGAACUUCCUGAACGAGAGAUCUGUGGAUGAAGUUUAUCACCUGUGGUGUCUGGCAGGAGGAGAUUUGGAGAAGGAACUCACAAACAAGGGCAUCAUUCAGUCGAAACCUCCAGUGUGCACCCUGCCCAAUUUUAUUUUAGAAGAUGGAGAGACGUUUGGACAGGGCAGAGACAGAAGUUUUCUGCUGGAUGACACCACUGUGACACUCUCACUGGGUCAGCUAAAAAAUAGACUGAAGGAUGUAGGAGGGGAGGCAUAUUACCCUCUGCUAGAGGACGAACAGACCUGUCUUCCGCAGUCCAUCAGCAAUAACGAACUCUCAGCUGCCACCAGUCUUCCUCUCAUUAUCCGAGAGAGAGACACAGAGUACCAGCUUACACGCAUCGUCCUGUUCGACAGACUCCUCAAGGCAUAUCCGUACAAAAAGAACCAGGUGUGGAAGGAGGCCCGAGUGGAUAUUCCUCCUCUUCUCCGAGGACUGGCCUGGGCUGCUUUACUGGGAAUCGAGGGGGACAUUCAGAGAAAGUAUGAGUCAAUUGAUAAGGACACGCCCAUCCCCACCGACAGACAGAUUGAAGUGGACAUCCCACGCUGUCAUCAGUACGACGAGCUGCUCUCCUCACCUCAGGGUCACAUCAAGUUCCGGAGAGUUCUGAAAGCCUGGGUCGUGUCCCAUCCUGACCUCGUGUACUGGCAGGGUCUGGAUUCGCUCUGUGCCCCGUUCCUGUAUCUGAACUUCAACAACGAGGCACUCGCGUACGCCUGCAUGUCCGCCUUCAUCCCCAAAUACCUCUACAACUUCUUCCUGAAGGACAACUCGCACGUCAUUCAGGAGUACCUAACAGUUUUCUCUCAGAUGAUAGCCUUCCAUGACCCCGAGCUCAGCAACCACCUCAACGAGAUCGGCUUCAUACCAGACCUGUAUGCGAUUCCAUGGUUCCUGACAAUGUUCACUCACGUCUUUCCCCUGCAUAAGAUCUUCCACCUGUGGGACACGCUGCUGUU